GCUGAGACGUCCGCCUCGUCUCCUCCUGCCUGGUGACCUAGGCGAAAACCCAUCUGGUUGUGCGCCGACGCCGGUCGCCUCUGCUGAGUGGAAACAAAAUGUCAGUCAGCGUGCAUGAGAACCGCAAGUCUAGGGCCAGCAGCGGCUCCAUCAACAUCUAUCUGUUUCACAAGUCUUCCUACGCGGACAGCGUCCUCACGCACUUGAACCUUUUACGCCAGCAGCGCCUCUUCACGGAUGUCCUCCUCCAUGCUGGAAAUAGGACCUUCCCUUGUCACCGGGCCGUGCUGGCCGCGUGCAGCCGCUACUUUGAAGCCAUGUUCAGCGGCGGCCUGAAAGAGAGCCAGGACAGUGAGGUCAACUUCGACAACUCCAUCCACCCCGAGGUUUUGGAGCUGCUGCUUGACUACGCGUACUCCUCCCGGGUCAUCAUCAAUGAAGAAAAUGCGGAAUCGCUCCUGGAAGCUGGUGACAUGCUGGAGUUUCAGGACAUCCGGGAUGCAUGCGCAGAGUUCCUAGAAAAGAAUCUGCACCCCACCAACUGCCUGGGCAUGCUGCUGCUCUCCGAUGCGCACCAGUGCACUAAGCUGUACGAACUCUCCUGGAGAAUGUGUCUCAGCAAUUUCCAAACCAUCAGGAAGAACGAAGACUUCCUCCAGCUGCCCCAGGACAUGGUGGUGCAGCUCUUGUCCAGCGAAGAGCUAGAGACGGAAGAUGAAAGGCUUGUGUACGAGUCUGCAAUUAACUGGAUCAGCUAUGACCUGAAGAAACGCUAUUGCUACCUCCCAGAGCUGUUGCAGACAGUGAGGCUGGCUCUCCUGCCAGCCAUUUAUCUCAUGGAGAACGUGGCCAUGGAGGAACUCAUCACCAAGCAGAGAAAGAGCAAGGAGAUUGUGGAAGAGGCCAUCAGGUGCAAACUGAAAAUCCUGCAGAACGACGGCGUGGUAACCAGCCUCUGUGCCCGGCCUCGGAAAACUGGCCAUGCCCUCUUCCUCUUGGGGGGCCAGACCUUCAUGUGUGACAAGCUGUACCUGGUAGACCAGAAGGCCAAAGAAAUAAUUCCCAAGGCUGACAUCCCCAGCCCCAGAAAAGAGUUCAGUGCAUGUGCAAUUGGCUGCAAAGUGUACAUUACUGGGGGGCGGGGGUCUGAAAACGGGGUCUCGAAAGAUGUCUGGGUUUAUGAUACCCUGCAUGAAGAGUGGUCCAAAGCUGCCCCCAUGCUGGUGGCCAGGUUUGGCCACGGCUCUGCUGAACUGAAGCACUGCCUGUAUGUGGUUGGGGGGCACACGGCUGCGACUGGCUGUCUCCCGGCCUCGCCCUCAGUCUCCCUAAAGCAGGUAGAACACUAUGACCCCACAACCAACAAAUGGACCAUGGUGGCCCCACUCCGAGAAGGCGUUAGCAACGCCGCGGUAGUGAGUGCCAAACUCAAGUUGUUUGCUUUCGGAGGUACCAGCGUCAGUCAUGACAAGCUCCCUAAGGUUCAGUGUUACGAUCAGUGUGAAAACAGGUGGACGGUACCCGCCACCUGUCCCCAGCCCUGGCGUUACACAGCGGCCGCUGUGCUGGGUAACCAGAUUUUCAUUAUGGGGGGAGACACAGAGUUCUCCGCCUGCUCUGCUUACAAAUUCAACAGUGAGACUUACCAGUGGACCAAGGUGGGAGACGUGACGGCAAAGCGCAUGAGCUGCCACGCCGUGGCCUCUGGAAACAAACUCUACGUGGUUGGAGGCUACUUUGGCAUUCAGCGAUGCAAGACUUUGGACUGCUAUGAUCCAACGUUAGAUGUGUGGAACAGCAUAACCACGGUCCCGUACUCGCUGAUCCCUACUGCAUUUGUCAGCACCUGGAAACAUCUGCCUUCUUAG